CAUCCACUAAUGCACAUUUUGAUGAAGCAAUGAUUUCGUACAGAUUUGCCUCCCUCUUUGUCUCCUCUCAGGUCUGACAUUUGAUGAGUCAAUGAAUCCAGCGGCCCUGGCCAAACAUCUGGAGUACCUGGAGAAGAAGAAAGCAGAUCUGCAAAGCAAGAGGAAGAGCCAGUACGUGUCUAUGCAGGUCAAAACUGACCUGGACCAGAAGAUGAGGAUUGCCCUGGACCAAAGGGAUGAGCUGGUUGUGGACAAUGAGAGGCUUCAGAUCCGAUAUAAACAGCUACAAUAUCUCAAUGAUGCCUUCAUUACCUGGGAGAAGACAGGAAGGGCGGUCCCUCUGUUUGAGUACAUCACCUCAAAACUGGAGGACAUCUCCAAACUGAAAGUGAGCGACACAGACUGCCAUAGCACUAUGGCGUUUGAGGAGGAUGACCCAAGUAAGGUCAAUGACUCAGAGCUUCUGGUGGACUACAUUGAGAGAUUUAUUAACCUCUUUGAAGCAGGUGAGUAUGAAGCGGCAGCGUUUCACGCAGCAAAGUCUCCUCACGGAGUUCUGAGGAACACAGAAACUAUGGAGAGGUUCAAAGCAGUGACAGUGUACCAAGGAGAGCUGCCUCCCCUCCUCCUUUUCUUCCAGGCCCUGAUGAUCUCAGCGCAUGCUGGCACACAGCUGCCCGACCAGUCCCUGUCAGUGGAAGGGGUCUGCUGUGCCCUGGAAAACAACUUUGUGGAGCUGGUCACACACUGGGUCACUCAGAAUAGACUUACUUACAGCGAGGCUCUGGGAGAUAUCAUCUGUGAGCAUGGCGACAGGAAGCCGUAUAUGGCCGAUGCAUGCUUGGCACUGGCACAUAUCAUCUAUAAAUCCUGUGGAGUACUUCGUAAGGCCGCACUGAGCAUGUGCAAAAGAGGCAUGACCAAUGGGGUCAUAGAGUUUAUUUAUCAGAACAAAGACUUCACUGCAGACGAUUGUUUGUAUGUGCUGCGUGGCAGCCCCAACCUGGACAUGCUCUGGGCCUUCACCCAGCCCUACCAGGGCCAGCAGGCCAGGCUGUCUGUAGGCUUCGUCUGCCACACCUUCCUCAGGUCAGACCAGGAAGAUCUGGCCAUGCGGCUGCUGGAAAACAUCUGCUCUGCAGAAGCUGGAGUUUUAGAAAAGGUGAUCCGGGAGGAUGUGGCGUGCUCAGGGGACAGCUGGGGUGAGAUUGCAGGUGUCUGUGCGCAGAGGAACCAUCCACAGCUCUGUCAAGAAAUCCAGGCCAUCUUGCUUUCCCUGGACGGGGCCACGAGGCUUUCCCUGGGGAAAGAGGGGGCCGGGCGGGUGGAGCAAGUGUUCAUGUAGGCCUACAGACAGUAGAGGGCACACUAGGAUAGACACACAUUCACUGUCCUCUUAGAAUACAAGCCCCAGAGCAUCUAUAGCGACCUUGGUCUUGCUUCUUUAGAGACAAACCCAUACUUAAUCCAUUGAGUCACCCUGCUGAGAAAGAAAACACACACAGACAUCCAAAUACAUCCACACAUCCCUGUGGCUAAUCAUGAUCAUUAAACAUGAAACUGAUUGUAACUUUAUAUCAUGAUUCCAUUUGUAUCUGAUUCAUAAUGCCAACAACACAACCUUUCACUUCUCAACUCUGAAAUGUAAGACUGUCUACAUGUCUAGUCAGCAAACCCGAGUCCAUGACAAUGACCACACUUACUCUCCAGGAUAUUGGAUUUCAUCUCAUAAAUUCUCAAAUUUCUGUCACUGGAGAACAUCAACCAGCUGUAUUAGUCAUAGAUACGCCAAUAUUGCCUUUCCUUCAACUGGAGAAGAUUGAAAGAACCCAUAGGUACUUAUCUAAGGUCAGAUUGUUGUUUUUCUUCAUAGAAUGGUUAUGCUUGUGUUUUUUGGGGGGAGUAAAGCUGUUCCCAGAUCAGUGCUCUAGAGCGCUGAAACCCAAGAACAAUUAGCAUACUGUUAUGUCACUAGAAAUACGAGGAGGAUACAAUGGCAUACGGAACAGCUCGAUGAAACACACAGAAGCACACACACAUACAGAGAAGUCUUUGUUCCAUAACAGGCUCCCAGUCC